ACUCUCUCUUCUCCUUCUGUCUUACUUCUGUGACCCUGCGCUUCAAAUGCAUCUAAUACUCCAUAAUUACUUAAUCCUCCACCACUGCUUCUGUUUCCAGUUCUUAGAUGUCAUUAACAGAAAUGGAAACACAGUAAUUAUCAUGCUGGGAGAGAAUCUUUCAGAUCUUCAAAAGAAUUUAUAUUGAAUUUCCCUCUGCUCUCAUUCAGGAGAGUGAUUAUUGAAUCUAAUAAGGGGCAGAUUUCCAAGAGAGCAGAUCUCUCAUUGGAAUCUAGGUACACCAGUCAGGCUUAAAAAGUGUUUGGCUCCUAGAAGCUACUUCUAAAAUUUAGCCAAAAUGUAUCAAUGCCAGAAUCUUACCUGGUGGGUGCUAAGCACUUGAGAAAGUCUGAUCCAAACUCAUUCUGCUUCACACUCACCUUUUGAAGGUGUAUGGCUGAAACAUAUGGGAGUAUUCUUUUCCAUAAAGAUAGCAUUAAAGCUUGAAGCUGUCACCAUUGAUUUACUAUAUUUGACCAAGUGUGGGUUUUUUUUUCUGUUGCUUUUUUCAGCCCACUUCACUCUGUUGGAGGGUUGAACCUCUAACAAAUAAGACCCAGUUAUAGGAUGGGUUGCGGAGUAAGUGCUGUGUUCUCUUUGGGGUGCGUUACAACCCCCUAGUGUUGCUGCAGUAUGAGUUAGAGAAAACACUGUCUGCCAGUUAAUGCUAUUUAAAGGCUGUUCCAGCAAGCGGAUUGAGCUUCCCAGUGUGGUGCUGCCUGGUGGUGUCUGUAUUGCUGUGAUUCUGGGAGCAGCAGUGGGCUCCAAGCCUGUAGCAUUCUAAAACUUCGCUGCACUGUGAAGCUGUAAUUGCUGUGGUGAUUAUAACACUGGAGGGAGUUUAAAUCACUGACUCUUAAAGAUAAAAAGCGAUUUGAUAAUGAGUUUGGAGCCUGAGGAUCCGGUUAAGGAGGUUGGGAUGUUUUACUGACUCUCUUGCUAGAUAAUUAAAAAGCCGGUCCCUUUGGCUGGGCUUAUGGAGAGGGAAGGUGAGCUGAAUGCUUUCGGCAGUUUUUUUUUCAAUUGUGAUGGCAUGUUUUGCAAAGUUGCAAAUGAAUUAAAAAAUAAAAGUCCUAUGGUAAAGAUUGAGACAUUACAUCUUGUAAAGGGGAAAAUAGCUUAUAUCUGUAUCAGUUGUGCUGUUUCAUUAAAAAUAAAUGGUAUUCUACAGAUAUUGGAGAAAUAUCUAGUAUGUAUAGACUGAAAAGGGGCCAUGGUCAGUCAUCGAUUAAGCUGCAUGUCAUGAAAUGGUGAGCCCUUCCUGCUGGUUCAGGGAUUGAUGAAGUGAAUUGGUUCUUGGCCACAUUUAGGUAUCGAAGAUGCUGCCAUUGAGGUUGGUGUGUGGACUGAGUAUUAACCAGGAUUGUCACGUGCUGGCAGCAUGGGCAGAGGUGGUUAACAUUUCUGAAAUGCAAGCAAGAGGGGUAAAUGUUAGCAUUUUAUGGGCAGAUAUGGUGAACUGUGAAGCCCCAAAAGAGACAAAGUAUAGAGGGGAGGGGUAGGUGUUGUUAAUGCGUUAUUGGAUAUGCCAGAAGCAUCCAGACAGUUCCAGUGUCUCUUGAAGUCAGUGGGAAUUUUUUCAAAUGAACACUGGAGCAGACUCAUGGAUAUGUAAAAAUUGGUAAUAAUGAAAAAAAAAAAAAAUAAUGGCUUUCCCUUGUUAAGCACUGAAGACAGCAAAGGAAACAAAAUGAGGUAUGCAGUAAAUGGGUGAAGACAAAUAAGGUAUCACAUCAGAUAAACUCAUCCUCUGUGUCAUUCAUCCUCUUGCUGCGGUGAAUACUAAUGGGAAAACAUAGGCUCAUAAUAUUGCACAAAGCACUGACAAGGAGCCAGGUAUGGAAAUCCUGUGCCAAAUGAACCGUGGUGUUUUUUUUUUUUAAUAUGCAAACUAAUCAGUUACAAAGGUUGUAGCAAAAUAAAAUGAUAUGGGAAUCCAAAUUUAUAGAACAGCAAGGUCAAUCUGAAAUGUUCUCCCUUGUUGAAUAUAAUCCUGCAAAUCUGUUGUAAGAGGCACUGCAGAAGAUUCUUACCAGCAUCAGGUGCUGUUUGUUCUAGGUGUUGUACAAAUGCACAGUGAGCAAUUUUUUUUGAUCUCGGAAAAAUUUACAACUAAACUGAAAAAUCUGAAAAUAUCUCAUCAGUAACCUGGUAGAGAGUCAGUGGCAGAGGCAGUGAGAGGACCCAGCAGUGUUCCUCAGCUGGAGGCGGCCCAGGCUCUGCUCUGGUGAAGCAUUAGCUGGUCAGUGCUGCUGAGAGGGAUGAUGUGCUUGGUUUGAGACUGAUUGUGUUACCUGCACAGCUGCUGAAAUAAAGCUUGGUCAUCAGGGACUCUGCCUGGGGAACCUGAGGUACAUUCACGUUCCUCUUCUAUGCACAUUCCAGGACUGACAGACAUGGAGAAACUAUUUUCUCUGCAGAUGCUAAUGGGAAAACUUCAUUUCAGCAAAAGAAAUUAUCUAGAAUGAAUGGAGGAGUGUUUCUUUCUUCCUUAGUUGAUGGAUUGCUUUGUUAAGUUAAUCUAAUAUUCUACAUUGUGAUGCAUCUCUCAUCUGAAGGUUAAUUUAUUUAGUUUUUUACAAGGUGAAACUGUGAUUUAUUUGAUUGUGGCUUCAAGUAAACUGGCCUCUACAGAAAAAAAAAAAAGCAGACAGUGGAUACCUGUGCUGAUCUGAGCAGUAAAAUACCAAAAAAAGACACAUUCCAAAGGAUUCUUUACAGUGGGGAAUAUACAGUGAUUCCGUAUAUGGUUUUGAUUUUCUUCUCUGCCUUUGAAUGCUAGUGAAAGAGUAUUUUAGUCUGCUUCACAGGUCUAGUAGAUGCAGUUAUUUUGGGGAAAUCAAAAGAAUUUUAGGAAAGGAGCUAACAUCAGCUCACUUGCUCAGCAUGAAAUUUCUGUAACUGUGAUGAAAAUAAACCUAACAGAACAGAAGGGAGAGCGGAGGAGUUAGAGCAGAGGGUGAGCAUAUCUGAGAGUAGAGCUAGGGCUCGUGGUCGUGCUUCAGCAAACUUUUUUGGGUAAAGAAUUGGAAAUAAGCUAAUCUAUAAUGUCCUGUUAAGAUCCACAGAGAGUUCUAGUCUGCAUGGGGACACACCAUCACACAGGGAGGGUGCCCAACAUCACAGCAGCAUGAGAGACAUGGCUGCAGCUCUCCCUGUUUGCUGCAGUCCUGCUCUAGCUGUGUAGAGGGCAUUAAAAAUCUAUUAUUUUCUGUGAUUUACAUUAUUCUGAAGUGCUUGGAUGGAGAACCAUAUUAGCAAAUACCAUUACUGGGCUUACAGGUACACUUCCGAUUUAUUAUGAAAAUUAUUAUUCUUAUCUGUAAAAACAAGUAACCACAGUGACCAGAAUUCUAUUCAAGGUUUCCUGGAAAGAGGCGCACACAUCUGUGUUCUGGAUUUACUGCACACACUCCUGUGCUUGUUGGACAUGACCUGAGCAUGCUGUUUGUCUUGGAUUUUUUGAUGUUUUACAAUCCUCUUGUAACUCCAGCCCUGAGUGGACUGCAGAUAUCCUCAAAUCCAAGAUAAAUUGUCAUUACCUGGAGCACUCUGGUUGUAAUUGCAUGGGCUGGAGACCCUAUUUGUGUGUAUUUACGGUCCAUGUUUGGAGUUCUGGUGAUUUGUUUAGGGUUGUAUUGGGAUGUACCCAAUAGUCAUGUUCUCAAAUUAAGUAUAUGAUUUCCUGAUGGCAAAAAGGGACUUUUCAGUGAAAGAGUGUAUGAAUUGCUGCUCUCACUGCUACUUCUUUUCAAGCAGGUUUUAUUGAUACACCUUCAGUUUUAUGAGAAGAAUUUGGUUGCCCAAAGCUUGUUUACCCAUUAAAAAGCAAACGCUUUAUCAAACUGAGGCAGUGGGCCGUCUGAAUACUCUUAUUUCACUUUCAAGCUGAAUUAGGUUGGCAUUUCUAAUUAAUUAAAAGCAGCAACUUGUGGAGGCUGACAGCAGGACUGAAGGCCUCUCAGAGGACUUUAGUCUUGUCCAGGUCAGGCUGUACCUUUGAAAAUGCUGAGGCAAAAGGAUAGACGACUUUGAGGAAGUUGGAAACCACGAGACAAGGAUGUGCAAGAAGAUGGAUGUGACAACUUAAGCAUAGAACAAGGAUCAACAAAGGCCAAUCAGUUUGUGCUAGCAACAAGCAGAUACCAAUCAAAUUGUAACAUGCUGAUAUAUGAGAUGUAGGUCUAAGAUAUAAAGAUAUUGUCUCGAAGUAAAGAUUUUGCUAUUGCUGCUUGAACUUCUGUGUUGUGUCCAUCUCUACUGCGACAGCAACUCUUAUGCUUAUAACAGCAACAUUCCUACCAAAGAUUUUAAAUUAAUUGCUUAAAAAUAGAUUGCAUUAACUUGGAGCCAUGGUCCAGUGCAAACAAGUUCAACUGGCCAUGGCAUCUCUUUGGACCGUUUUUGUCUUCCUUGGCUGCCAAAAAGCCCUAAGUAAUUGGCCCUUCUUCUGUAGGUGUAAUUAAGCAUCCUGUUCACUUCAGAGAUAUGCUCUUGAAUUUUUGGGUUGUUAAAGUUUUACUCUGGUUAGUUGCAAGUUGUGUUUGGUGGGCUUUUUAGUGUGUGUGGUGUUUUGUGUGUGUGUGUGAUCUUUUUUGUGUUUUCUUUUUUUUUUUUUUUUUUGUCAUGUGUCUGUUGUAAAUUUUAUCUUUGUUUGAAAUAGGGUCUUCCCAUCAUAUGAAAAUAUAGAGGUAAUAGAUUCUGUAGUAAUGUGGUUUAAUAGUGUGUUAUACAACUGUACUUUUUGCACAAAGCAUCAUCCAGGGUCCAGAAUGCAUUUAAUGCCGUGCAGUUUGAAGCAGGUCAGUAAUCAUAUUUACUUGGAAAAGGUAGUGAGUGUCUGUACCUACUAUAAACUGCCUGAAAACCUUAGAGAAUACCUGUAGGCAACAUCUCUGCUGGAGAUCAAAUUACUUUUGAAAGUUUGCUUAUGAGUAUCUACUGAUACCUCUAGGAAGGACUGGUGUUAUAAACUCUUUUCUAACCCUUUCAGGGGUUCAUGUUUUGACAAUGAAUAAUCAGCCAACUCUACAAGGAGAAGUGUGCUGACCAAAAUGGUGAAAAAUAAGAUGUAGAAAAGAGUGAUAUCUUUUAGUGAAUAAUAUGUGAAGUGUGAAAAGCUGGAUUUACUACUCAAGUCAGUCUUUUUUCUGUUCCAUCUUCACUACUCGAGUGCAAUCUGUAGUACUUCAGAGACAGGACUUGUCAUUUUCCAUGCAUUCAUGAAGUACCUAGAUCCUUCAAGCCUAUUCAUUUUUUUUUCAACUGUUUUGUCAGUCUUUGUUCUCUCUUGCUGCAGUUUUUAUGUACAACUUUUUGCUUCCUGUUUAGUGUGGUGCUGGUGCAACAAAAAUACACAUACACCCACAGAUUUUUAGGCUUUUAGUACAGAAUAAAAAUAUCAAAAUAAAAUGGGAAAGUAUCAAGCAGAUGCCUUUCAGUUAACCUGAAUAUCUUCAGCUGAGAAAAAGAACACCAACAUUAUCAUCCCUUCCCCUUGACUUGCAUUUCAAAGAAGCUGAUCUGGAGCUUUUUCUGAUGGACAGAGACCUUGAAGGAGUUGAAGUCUGUGACUUUGGGAACCAGAAAGAAACAUCUGUUUUUAAGAAAAGGGAGAUGAAAAAUAAGAGUUGUAGCAGUCCUCACUUUUAACAAACGCUUCUGGAAGGCAAAGAAAUUACUUACAUGAAUAGGUGCAAUAGUUUGUGAUCCUGGCUGCAUUUCCCUUCAGUCAGGACGCUUGCAUGUGAAGAUGCAAGUUGGUGGUAAUGAUGUAAUGCUCUGCUUUCUUAUUCUGCGUGAGAGGCCCACAUACUAAUGUUGCUCAGAGUUGUCAAAACACUAUUCCUAGCCUUGUUUCGUGCUUUAGCACUGUCACAGAAGAAACCAAGAUUAGCUCUAAGUCAUAAGCACCAUUAGUUUUGGAAUCAUGGCCAAAUUACCGUGUGCUAAAAAGGCACUCUAUCCCAUGCAUUCUGGAUUUGGAUCUCUUAUCCUUCACUCCCUAUAUUAUUUUAAGGAGUGGUGUUGGGACAAAAUGGUUGCUGUUUUUUCAGUCCAGAAGGUCAUUCACCCUCAUGAGUUUCACUUCUAAUUUGACAGUCUUGUGCUUCUGUUACAGUGGGCCAGCACAACCCUUUAUUGUGACACUGUUUCUUGUGAUUGUAUACGUUUAUUUGGAAGUCUGGUGGUUUUGCAGAGGGGCUGCCAGUGGAGAUGCUCCAGCUGCUUGAAAGGCCAUUGCAUAGACUUGCACAUAUGGAGCUUCUUCUCACUCGCUGUAUGAAAAGAUGUACAAGAUGCAUUUCCUUGCGGUUUUUAGUUAAAGGGGUUAAAACAGGGUUAAUGCUUCCCUCUCUCCCUGGAACAUUGAGGUGUUACUAAUCAGACAGUGAAUAAACUCACUUAUACUGAGUUAGAAAUCUGCUAAUUGCAUUGAGGUAUUAAGAUGUACACAAUCCUAAUGUGCAUGCUCCUGUGCUCUGCUCAGUGGGGCAAGAACUAUGGAUCUGUGACCAAAGGACAAGUAUAACUAACUAGUACAACCUACUUUACCUAAAAAUCUGUUAUUAUAAUAAAUACAGGUCAGAUUUCCAUUCCUUGAUUCUCUGGCUAUAACGUAUAGCAUAGAUGAAGUCCCAAGUUGUAAUUGAUUCACUGUGAGUGUUUAUUCAUACAAAAAAGAAAGGGAAAAAAAAAAAAAAGGAGGAGUGAUAAUAACUUUUCUACAAGUGACCUUUGAGGCUGGGAGAUGUCAUGUCCAUCUAUAUAACUCACUUUUAAAUCCUUUUUCCUUCAGGGUAUUCGUCAAGAAACUUUCUGAGAGAAAAUUAAUGAACUUUGUAAUUCCUUUUCACAGACUAAGGAAAGAAUAUCACUGAUCUGGAGGGUAGCUGAGCAAAUGCCUUGUUUAGGAGAACUGUUCUGCCACUAUGCAUUUGCAAAAUAUUCUAGGCGUUGUGUGUACCAGGCAGAUUUUAAAUUAGCUAUGGAUUUUCUGUUCUUUCCAUCUGAUUCAGUAAAAAGACAGUUUGCCUCGUAAUGUGUUACAACACCACCAACUUGGUUUCAGAAAAGUUUUUUUUAGGUUUUGACGUUUCAUUUUCUUCUACAUUGGGAAGAUUUUGGCUUCAUUUUUGUAUUUCCACAAGCCCAGAGCCGUACUGGGAUGUCACCUCUUGAACUGAAACCUUAGGAUUUCAAUUAGAAGACUGUGCCUACACAUCAAGCGAGGCUCGUAAAGCUGGUUUGGGAGUGGGGAAACGUGCAGCUCUAUUCUGCCUGCUAUCUGCUGAGAGUAGGUUUUAAAUGAGAAUUCAUCCAGGCAUGACAAAGAUUUCACUAUCUGGGUCUGUGCAAUGAGAAUGUCUCGGUUUCAUACUUAGAGCUUGCCCCAACCACCCUUUCCUAGUGAAAUGCUUAUUGAUAAGUCUCUGAAAUAUUUAGGCUUUCACAGAAGUUUCUUUAGUCAAAGCCAUUCUGAUAAUCCCUAAUUAUUUCCAUCCAUGUGUGACAGCAUGUACAGCACAAAAGGAAAGCUAGAUCCUGCGCUCUACAAUUAGUGUACUUAUUGCUCAAGGGAAAGUUUUGAAAGCAGGUAUUAUAUUCAGUUGUUUGUCCUUAUCUCUGUCAGGCUUGGAGAACUCAUAAAAUUGACUCCAGAAUUCAAAUAACACUGUAAUAAGUAAUAUUAGUGAAAUAUUCAGUAUCUUGUGUGCCAUUUUUAAUUACUUAUUGUAUAAAUCCUCGUGUUCUUUUUCAUUUUAUAGUGAAGACGAGAGGAACUUCUUUACUGCUGAGAUAAUUUUUUGUGCCAUUUCUUAAGCCCCUGAGCAUUUGAGGGUUUGCUUCCUGUAGUUUUCAUUAAUAUCUGGUGUAUUUCUUUGACCAGUUCCCCUUCAGUUGCAUGAGCUGAGGCUCAAGAGAUGUAUUCAAAGCCCACUAAAUGAAUUCUGACUGGAGAUGCUCUGUUCCCAGCUCUCUGCCUCAUGAGGCGGUGAAUGUUGUAGCAUCAAGAGAAGGAAGCAGAUAGCUCCUCCAGCUCAGCUGUACAAAAAGUGACCAGAGUCCUUGCUAGGGAUGUUGGAGGAUCAUUCCAGCUGACAUUUGAAGGUCUAGAAGAUACAGAGAACCUAACUAUGCUUGUUCCUGGUGGUAUCUUCCUGCAUCUUUUCAUGAAGUACUCUACUAAAUAAUUUGAGAGAAGAAUUUCCUGUUCUUAAAUAGAUACCUGAAGAGCAGUAAAGAAAUCCAGUAGCUUCUUUGUUCAGAGAAAGAGGGUUGGUACAUUAUGCUUAUGGUAUUAUAAACUUGCUUGGAAAAUUAAAAAAUUGCAUUCAUAUAUCUAUAUAUCUAUAUUGAUAUAGAUAUAUAGAUAUAUUUUUAAAAAAGAAACCGUGAAAUGAUUGAAACUACCUGAACCUCUGACUUCAGGGUAUAGAAGAGCUUGUAAAAUGCAUUUUACGUCCACAAAAAAGAUUUGUUGCUUGUACACAUGAACUUAAAAAAGGCAAAGGGAGGACGUAUGCAAGUAUUUUUGAUGCUCAGAACUGCCUAUACUCUUUUGAGAUUUUGUAUUUUCUUCAUCUCAUUCUACUUUGGUGAUGACAAUAUAUCAUUAGGCAUAAAAAGUUAUGAGAUUAGGUUUUUUUUUCUUUUACAGUGGAGUUGCAUAUAUAAUUUUAAAAAAUACAUAUAUGAUGAAAGAUUGUGUAAACACAGAAACAGAUCCUUAUGUAUGAUUUUGCUUAUUGAAUAUCUCUGCUCACAAGAUCAGGUGUCAUUGAUGGCACAAGCUAUUUUGUUGAAAUAUAACUUCUGCAAAAUACAGUGAUAUGUCAGUAACCAAGAGCCACCUUUGUGUUCAAUCCACUGUGGAGUUAAAAAAAACAGAGAACUUGUUCAUAACAGAGAAUAGGCCAUAGUAGAUCUAGAAAUUAAUUAUUUUCUGGGAGGCAAACAUUGUGGAAGUCUGGAUCUUGGUUGCAAUUUCAGAAUUUCCACCGGAAAAGUUUCUGAUUACAGAUCCAGAUUACAAUAUUAUUUCUGUGGUUAAAAUCUGGAUUUUUCUUUAUUAAGCCAAGAUACAGUAUGUUUCCUUUAUUUUCAGUUCGUAAUACUGUUAGCUCUUGCCUUUUUUCUUUUAAGUGCACGUCUGACUUUACAAUGACUUCCUAUGUCAACUUCUGCAUCUUCCUGCAGCUAUUUUUUUGUCUAAAUAGGCUAUUUAGUCCCUGUUCUACAUAAUGAAUGUCUGUAGUAUCACUCUUAGAGAAUGCAAAUAUUGUCCAUCUUGCUCUAUUGGAUUUUAUUUCCUGAAACUAAAAAAGUUUUAAUGUAGCGUUUUUGUAAUGGAACAAUAACAGCUAAAGAAAGAGAGUCUUUGAAUAUUUCUGUAGAAUCAUAUGAAAAGAGGCUGAAAUAGAAAUGAAGAAAAUGCAAUAAAUUGACAGUCUUAAGGGCCUAGUCUUUAGUUUAGCUGAGCUGAACUUUGUGUAUAGCCUUGGGGUCUGUGGGAAGGGUCUGGAGUGAAGUUGGGGCAGUUCAAAUUCCUGUGUAGCUUAGAGAAGCCUCAAGGUGGUUGUAGUGUUCUGCCUACUUUUUCUUGACCCAAAGGGACCUUGGAUACCUGCAUCUCUUCUCUAAACAAGCCAUUUGUUGUAUAGCAUGCUGCUGAUGCCUUCUAGCUUGCCUUUCAGCUGCUAUGUUCACAUUUGUGUGGGCUGCUGUAUAGACUAUAUGGAGCAACACAAGCUGUGGAAUGGGGAGUCCUUUGGAAACUGGCUAAGCUGGUUGUGUGGUCUCUGUGGCUUCCAAAGUAAUGCAUCAGAGUUAAGAAACGUGACUGGUAUUUCCCUAUUCCCCUACAUAUUGCAUAAUACUCCUGUGUACUUAUUAGGCGUUUUUCAUGGAAGAUGCAGUGUCUGAUCCCAUUUCUUCAGUGACCUACAAAGCUUUUCAAUAUUACAUACUCCAGCUAGUCCCAUUGUUUUUACUAGAGCUGACUAUACAGCAUAAAGUGAAGUGCUUGCCUCAGUCUGCAUUUUCAUUAGCAGCUGGGCCAACAAAGGAAGAUUCUCUGCUGGAGACAAAUCUGCAGGCAAAUCCAAUAAGUUUUAGAGAGGGAUAGAAAGCUGCUUUGUUUUCAUUUCUAUAAUAGUUAUGGUUGUAAGGAUUAUUACUUUGUAUGAUCAAAGGAAAAAUUAAAUAAAAUUAUCAGUACAAGUACUGCAUUACUCCAUUGCCUUCUGGCAGUUACCAUGUUUAAGUCCAGACUCCUUUGUGCUAUUUGGUGACGACUCCACUUGGCGAGAGUCUGUCUCACCCUUGGGCGAGUUUAUAGAUUCAUAGUAAAUAAGCCAGAAGGGACUAUUAGAUCAUUUUGAUCAUCACAGGCCUUUAAAACUUCACCCUGUUAUCCACAUAGCAUUUGUUCCUAAGGCUUGAUGUGACAGAUCUAUGACCUUUCUGAAUUCCUUAAGAGAAAAGCUGGCUUCACAGGGAUUGCUGAAGCACUUUAGCACUCAGAAUUGAUUUAGUUUGCAAAGAACUGUUUGCAGUCCCAGUACAGAAAAAUUGAACACUUUCCACCCCACUAACCUGGACCUUCAGCUUGAUGUUAGUGUACAACUAGUCUCACUGUGAGACUAAUGAUUAUCAGUAUAAUUUAAUCAAAGGAGCUGCUUUUAUCCAUAAGAUGUAACCUACUGAAUGACUCAGUUGGAACUCCCAACAGUAUUAAUGUAAAAAUUACUUCCUCUAGUAAAUAAAUCACAUUUUGCCAGUCAAAUCGGAGGGACCAGGUCUCCCUCCAUAGUUCAGACUGAACCAGAUGGCAGUUUGUUAUACAAACUGUGAGAACUUAAGAAUGACUAAAUUCCCUGAAGCCUCACUUUGGCUUCCAUAAACUCAUCUGAUCUACUUGCUUGCUCUUGUCAGGAACAAACAACGGGAACACAUUUUGAUAACUGAAGUGCAGUAGCUAACUGAGCUCUACUCUGGAUUUCUGGGAAUAGCUGACAGCAGUUUGUCAUUCAAUGCUUUGCAGAGAAUGGAAGAGGUUGGAACUGCUGCUGAUCCAUACAGGUAGCAGUGAGAGAGAAGAAUAAUAUGAAGCAGCAGUAUUAUACUGUCUCCCACCUAGAUGGCACACCAUGGCCUGAUGGUGAAUGGAGCACACACAUGAAUGCCAAAGCUGCUAAGGCUUGUAUUGUGAAAAUGAGUCAGCGGGCUUAAUCCAGGUUUUGUGGCUUGAAGCUGUGAAGAUGAUUAGCGUAAAAAGAAGAAAAAUCAAGUGGAUUCUAGCGGCACUGCUGAGGACUGCUUAGCCAGGAAGAUGCCAUACCAGAGAUGGGGCAGAGUGUGUCUAGUUCCAGAAGAUGCUGUUGAAGAUUUAAGGAAAUCGCAGAUUUAAAUUUUAAACAGCUCUGAGCUCCUUGCAGAGACUGAUACUAAUUAAAGCAUCAAGUUGUGUGGCAGUUAUCAUAAGGUAAUUUUGUGUAUAGGCUGCUGAGGUGUUUUUCUGUGAUGAUUUUGGCUUAGUUUGGACUGUUGAGCUGGGGUAACCAAGGUGGAAGAGAAAUGGAGGGGUCAUUGUCCUUCUAAACUAUUGAAAACACUUCCCAGAAAGGCUGGAAAGAUGAUGAAUGGCCACAAUCACUUACUUCACAUUUCCCUGCUCUUCUGAGUCAUUAAUUCAUCCAUAUCUUAAUCAGGUCUGGGAAAGGAAGACAGUGAAUUUUUAUUUUGCAUUAGAGAGGGUUUUUUUGUGUUUUGUCCGAGUUAUCUCCUGUUUCUCAGCUUUCUAAUUCUGGGUUGGCUGGAACUGUAAAACUCGUCCCUUACAAAAUAUGAGCUAAUCCUUGAAGUAGCAAGACUUUUUAACGUAGGUUAAGCUUUUCUUUGCCUUUUGAGUUUUGGACCUCAUAGAUUUUUCUCCAAAUUUGCUGAUAAGUUUAGGAGGGUUCAUGAUAACUUCUUCAUCAUAAUUCAGACUGUUCAUUUGGAAUAUUUAUGGAAAGGUGAACUGUGAUGAGAAUCAGUGUCUACUGGGUUAAAAAUACAGUCUUGGAUUUGCAUAGGAUAGUGCUGGAAACAUUUCAUAUACAGAGAACAGGUUCACUGGGAUAACCCAGAGAGAGGCAGCCUGCUUAUCUCUUUAACAGGACUGUGUCUUCAAUGAAAAGAAAAAUAGUUUUCUUGUAGACUGAUGCUUCCUCUCCCUCUAACAGGAUAUGUUUAGAAUUGGAAAUUCUCUUCUCAGUUAUGCAACAAAAUCUGUGACCUCUUGUCUUUAACUAUAGCUGCAAGUGUUUCCUUUGAAUUCUUAGUUCAGACGUCUCUUGUAUCAGAAUCUGUUAAUUUUUACCUGUUAAUUCUGGAGAUCAUCCAUCACCGAGGAAUUGGGUGUUUAGUUUCUCUUAGUCCAUCUUCCCCUUGCAGUGCAUGUUUGGGGUUAUUCUGCCUGUAUCAGAGAGGUGAUUUAAUUGUUUUCUAAUAGUUCUUCACAAGUACUUCUUCAGACAGGAGAAACGUGAGUCUGAAAGGAUUUGUGUCACAUGCAGAAAAGAUUUGAGGUGCUGCAAUGUUUAGUGACAACACUUCAUUGUAUGAGCUAUAUGUUGCUCCUUAGCACUUCUAUACUGAUGGGGGUAUAUGGAAGGUGAACCUGCUGUCAAAUGCUUUCAUGUCCUGCAAAGUGCUCAGCAUAGGUGGGUUGGGUGUUGCCAGCUCCUGAUGGAGAAGCUUUAGCUCCUGAUGAAGCCAACAGGCUAGGCCUAGUUUUGGUUGAAUACCUCAUUAGCCCAAAAUAUCCAAAGCUUGUAUCGUUGGAAUGUCUUUUCUAACAAGUGGAAUAUCAGACAGUUUCUCAAGCACGCCUGAUAUUUAGUUAUAUGACUGAAGUUCUAUGCGUCUUUGAGAUCUGCAACUAAGUAACCAUCUCUCUCCUUCCAUUCACUCCCUUCCCAAAUUGUUAUUAAAUCAAAUGCUAAUUAGUAAGGGAAAGGAAGAAAAAAAUCUCACACAAAUUAAUUGAUCAUUUGAUUACCAUUCUCAGAUAUUUUUGGUGAAUAAUCUUCAGGCAAUAGGUUGUUCAUGAAGCGUUCAUUUCAUCUCAUCUCCUUGCUCUUGCUAUUUUUGUUGCAUGAUUGCUCAUUGAACAUUACCAGUAGUUGCCUGGAAAUUUGUUGUUUUGCUGUCUUGUAUCUUGUAUCUCCAGCCUAGGCUACUUCUGCAGCUAAAUGCACUUCAGAAAUGGUGGUUCUUGUCAUGCUUAAAUGCACAUAAUCCCUGAUGAAGAGUUUGUUCUUUGCACUGUGAUAGCUUCUGAUCAGGGUUUUAUUUCUGCUCUGUGAAGUCAAGUAAAAUAAAGUAAGAAAGAUGACAAAUGAAUAGAACAGCAAAACUGCUUGCCCUGAAGCCUUUGCAAAGGCGAGUCUUUUUCAAUUAGUGCCAAAACGUGGAACCACAGCUCUAAUAGAAUUGAAUGCAAGCAAAGAAACAAAGGCCAGACUCCUCAGACUCUCCUGCUUCUGCACCUGAACAAGUAAAAUAGAAGAAAGAAGCAGUAAAAGUCUGUCUUACCCUAGGUUUUUUUUCUUGUUGAGCUCUAUUUCUUAAAAAAUUUAAGCAUUUUAUUUUAGGAGAUGAAAUUUGUACAUAAGAGAGAUCCUGAACUGCAGAGCAGAGUGCAUGUGAACUGAACUCUUUAAAGCCCAAAGAUGAUGGAUUCUGAAAUCCUGUUUCAGCUGAAGGCUUCAUUCAAGUACAAUCUUUGGAUUCAUACUUCUAGGUGAUGUAGUGUCCUCUCUGGAAUUUUGAUUUAGAUCAGGUGUAUUUCCUGCCUAAAUGAAGAUUAUAGUAUUUUGCUUACUUCAAGAGUGUUCCAUGAAUAGAUGCAUUAACACUAAAAGUUUUUGAGUAUGAGGAUCAUGGAAGUCCUGUGAGAGUUUGACAGAUACUCAUCUAUAAAGCAGGUUUCUUGCGAGGAAAUACAGAUCUGCUUUUGCUCUUCAUUCUUGUGUAAAUGUCCUGCAGUGGGAUGCGGUUCAUCCUGCAAACGUGAUCUGUGUUUUGUUAUGACUCCGGGUGGCCACAUCUUGGCUCUUCUCAGAAGGUGGUCCCCUUCCCUCAAAGUGCCACUGUUCCGUGGAGGAGCUGGGCCCUUGUUCAGUGAAAGCUCUGGAAUCCAGAGGGCUUGCUGUUUGGUUCUUGGUGUGUUGUGGGUUUCUUUUUUUUUUUACAUAAUUAUGUGGCUGCUGGCCCUUGUGCUGAAAUAAUAUUAUUUUUCUGCUUUUGGUAAAACUCUGUUAAAUAGUGAAAAGCUGCAGUUUGCUUAGAGAGCAACAUUGUAACUUUCUCCAGUCACAAAGUGGAAAAUGAGUUAACAGCAGGACUUGCAUAGGCUGCAUGAACUGCUGAGAACUUGCUCUUGUUUAAUUAAUAUUAAUUUACUAUUUAUAAAGUGAUAACAAGAUUCUUGUGGGUUUUGUUACAUCUGCUUUUAAUCUUAAAGAUAUUUUAAUCAGUUUGCUGCAUGACAAUAUUUGUCAACAGCAGGUAAAUAGGGCCUCUAAUAUGACCUAUCCUGUUGAGCUUAGUUGACAGGCUAGACUGGGAAAUAAUAUGCAAACUUGUUCCUCCUCCCUUAUCAGAAGAGAUCAGUUCCCAAAGUGACAUGGAUAUUGUUGGUGUAGGUGAUACCUUUAACCAUGACAUCAUUUCGAACCCCUGGGCCGUGCUUACACCCUUGGCAGUGUGUUGCUGCUCAAGGGAACCACUUGAGCUGAAAGUCUGAAACUUUCUCUACAUUGAAUUUCCUUCUGCUCAAGGGAGCAAAGCUGAAGUGUUCCAUCAAGAAUUCUGUAUUUUUACCAGCUUGCAAUCAGGAGCACCGAAGUGACUGUUUUAUUUCCUGGCCUUUUCAUUUUUUUUUUUUUUUUUUUUUUUCCUUAUGCUUGUCUGUACCUCCCCCUUUUCACUUGACACCUGCCCUCACCUUUGGAGGAUGAGAUAAGCAGAGAACUCCAUCCCUGUAAGAGACGAGUGGAAUAUGCCUGCACGAAGAGAGCAAGAAUCAAACCUCUCCUGGGCAGGCAGGCGUGGGAGAGCCCCUUUGCAAGUUGCUUUCCGGAGUGCCAUCCGUGGGGUUUUCUCACUGUAGUGAGUAUAAUUGGAAGCAGGUGUUGGAGUUUGGUUUUUUUUGAGUCACCAUGUUGCAGCAAAUUUUGCGUGAUAUGUAUAUUGACCCUGAGCUCCUGGCAGAGCUGAACGAAGAGCAAAAGCAGAUCUUGUUUUACAAAAUGAGAGAAGAGCAGCUGAGGCGCUGGAAGGAGAGGGAAGAAAAAACACGAGUGGAGGAGGCCAUACUGAGAAAGACAGCGAGGCGCAAACAGAGUAAUGGCAAACACGUGCAGUGGCUGCGUGGGAAGGAUGGUGAGGUCUGGGUCUGGGUGAUGGGAGAAGCCCCAGGCGACAAGCCCUACGAACAGAUAUCAGAGGAGCUGAUAGCAGAGCGAGCCAGGCAGCAGGCACAGAAGGAGGCGGAAGAACUAUGGAGACAAAAGGAGGCUGAAAUUACAAAGAAAUUCCGGGAUGCUAUGGCUCAAGAAAAAGCCAGAAUAGUGGCAGAAAAAUGGAAAAUAGAAAUAGAAGACCGGAAAGCUGCUAAAUUAGAGGAGGAAAAAAUUCAGGAGGAAUUGAAGAAAAGAGAAGAAGAGGAGAGGCAGAGGGGAGAAGAACAAAUAAGGCAGCAGGAAGAAAUCAGAGCAAAAGAGUUGUAUCUGAGUCUCAAGCAAGCUCAGCAGCAUAAUCAACACAGUGACGAUGACCAGGAGUGGGAAGAACAGUUGCGCCGCUCCAAAGCUGCAGAUGAGGAAAGGAGCCACAAAGCGCGGAGGGCCCGGGACGAGUACCGCCGGCAGUCCUUGCGUGCCAUCCAGAAGGGGAGAGUGGCUGGCCUGAGCAAUUUGUUCCAGGGGACAAGACUGACUAACGAUCAAGAGAUGAAACUGAACAACAAUAGUGCAAGUCCUUUGCUGUCACGCUCUGAGGCGUCCAGUGGCAUCUGGGAGCGUCCUUCUAGACCCUUUUCCCGAGAUGUCAUCAUUCGCUGGUUCAGAGAAGAGCAGAUUCCUCGACGUGCUGGUUUUGAGAGGAACACCAACAGGAUUGCUCCGUGGUUUCAUGGUAUUAUUAGCCGCCAAGAGGCAGAAGAGUUGUUGAUGAAUAAAUCUGAAGGAACAUUCCUGGUGCGAGUCAGUGAGAAAAUCUGGGGCUAUGCGUUGUCCUAUCGUCAGCAAAGUGGUUUCAAACACUUCCUGGUUGAUGCUUCGGGGGAUUUCUACAGCUUCUUGGGGGUAGAUCCAAACCGACAUGCAACACUGACAGAUCUUAUUGAUUUUCACAAGGAAGAAAUCAUCACAUCCUCUGGUGGAGAGCUACUACUGGAUCCAUGUGGACAGCAGAAGAAUCCACCAGACUACAGCCCUUUAUUUGAAUAACUGAUCCAGGACUAACAGGGAUGUAUUCUGGAUAGCUGUAGUAAUAGAUCCCUACAAAAGUAAACACUGAAAAGUAGUUAACAAACUUCCAAAGCCACUGGUCUUGUGGCCAAAAAGUAUCCUCAUUAGAAGGCCCAUAAUAUUUCUGCUUUGCAUCUGAGUUACCAUCAUUAUUCAUAUUGCUAACAUUUUUAAGGUGAGAAAUUACUGGCAAAUUACAAUUUAGGACUACUCCCAGAAAUUUUUCAAGGGGUUGUGGCCAGUUGUGCUGAACACUAAGUUCCUAUGUGAAUUUUCUUGAUAUCUGAGAUUGAAAAUGCAAAAUGCAGUGAGAAGUAUGGGUGAACACUAUUCAUAGAGUAUUUUGUGAAGUACCAAUAUAGAUGAACAGAUUGUCUUUUUCCAAAGCAAGGUUUGUUGAUUUCUGUUGACAAUCUUAUUACUCAGUGGUGCACACUUGGUACAAGAGAAGCAGUCUUAAAAUGUCCUUUUGCAGUUUGUGAUUGCUUAAAUGGUUAAGUGUAGCUGAAAACUUGCCAUUGUGCUUUUGAAUUCAGGCCUACAAAAUUCUCCGCAGCAGAGACAGAAUAAGGUCGUUCACAUUUUAGUUAAAAUUUCCCGCAGUCCAACAGCCUUGGAAAGAAUUUUACUCUUGUACAGAAAGUGGUCAAUUUAUUCUAAACUAGUUAUUGUAAUGAAAACAGUUUGAUUUGCAGCAACAACUCCUCCUCUCACUGGCAUUGUCUUGUUUUCUGCUUCCUGAUGUGCAAGAUACACGCUGGAGAUUCCUAGCUUUGCUUUGCUACAGAACCAGAUAUUUUCUUUAGCUGAACUCUGAGUGAAGGUGGGGGUGUUAUAUUUAUCCAUAGAAAAGGUACAACUAAUUACAUUAUCAUCAUGCUAUUUCAUGUUUUAAAAAAAAGACGCACAGAAUAUUUUCCUGAUCCAUUUGUUACACAUACUGAACCCCAUGAAAAUAGACUGAUAGCCUAGAUCUAUGGAGCAGUCGCUUAGCAUUCAUAUAAUUAAAAAAAAAAAUCUUGUCACAGUAGUUAAUUUGGCUUCUUGAAAUUUGUGUCUUAGCAGUCGUUGCACUCUGGGCUGUCACACGGUACAGAUAUAGUCCUGUAAAUAAAAAAGACAUGGAAUGCCUCCUUCUCUUCAGAAAACGUGCUAGGCAUGCUAGAAAAGAAGACAUGAAAUUCCCAGUGUUUUUGAAAAAUUACUCAACCGUCGUACACAAUUUUGGGAAUAUUUAUAGAUAGAAUAUUGAAGAACUUGUUUCAUAAGGAAUUCACAUUCAGAGACUGACAAUACAGGUAUUUAUUUCUAGUGACACACUUUCCAGCAACUGCUUGCAAUUUUAGCCGGUAAGAAGGCUUGGAAAUACUAGCUCUAUAGCUUAUGUGUCCUCUUGUGAUGUAAUUAACAUCACAACAGCAUCAUCACUUUUACUACAGAGCACAUUUCCUACUUUUAAUUUUCUAAAAUUUUCUGUCUCUGUUCCAUCCACUUCUCAUUCUAAGUUUUACCUGGCUUUAAAAUAAAUCCCUUGUAAGUUCUCCUGCAAAUGAAAUUACUUGGAAAACUGCAAUUUCAUUUGAGAGUUUUAUUAUACUAAUAAAUGUCAGAAUUCUCAAGUAAAGGAAUUGCUUUUUUUUUUUUCCAUAGCCUCACAGAAAUAAUGAAAAACAGCCAGCCCAUUCAUAGAUUUAACAGGAAAAAAAAAAAAACAAAACUGAACAAUACAUAACCAGAAGUAGCAGCAAUAAAAUACAAUGCAACUUAACUGAAGAUAAAUUUUGAAGGAAACAAAAGGAGAUAAGAGCAAGCGGAAUUAUGAAGAACAGAAGAUUUCCUUGGUAGAGAUGUGCAGCUGCUGCUGACACACUUGAAGGCUCUGGGCAUAGUAGAAACUUAGAGACGUUUUCCAAGCUAAAAAAUGCUUUUUGUUGCUCUCCAGAAAAUAAACAAACUAUGAAAAGGUAACCAGUUAGUAGGAGGAAUAGAACGGAAAGCUUUGAAAGAGUAAAUAUGGACAAUUAAGAAAAUAAGAAAGGGAAAAAUGUGCUUAUCCCAUUAUUUUGAAAGGAUUUUGGAUUUUUGCUACUCUGGGAAGAAGACUGGGCACUGCUACCUCCCUUUCUCUCUGCAAGUCUCCAGGAUUUCAGCUUUGGCCAAAAUCUACCUUGGAGUUAGAUUUUACACUCAAGUCUGUUGGGCUGGUCCAUACUGCAGUAUUGAAUGCUGCAUCUGCUCCAUGCUGUCUGCCUCUACAUUUGGUGCUGUCUGAAGCCAUUCAUCACUGUAUACAAAAUGUUUUUAGUGCUCCAGUUUCAUUGCCUGGAAUGGCUAGCUUUAUUCUGCUACACAGUGACCUUCAGGUCUUACUUUCUGAUCUGUUUUUCUAGUGGUAGCUAUUGUUGAGUUGUAAGAGAUGUGUGCUAUGGAGUUUCAUUUUAAGAUUUCCUGUCAAUAAUUCUCAUCAAUGAGACCACACAGAAUACACUGAGAGACCUGUUAUAGUAAUUCUGUUUCAUAAGGAAAAAUGCAACAGUAAUAAGGAAAACCUUCAACUUUUACAUUAAUUGAACGUUUCUUCAUAUCUGUUUCACAGCAAUAAAAUACAGCACACAAGAUCCCAAGCUUGUUUGCAUGUAUCUUUAUAAAAACAGCUCUUGAGGAUUUAUUCUUGCUUCUUUCUGGAUCUACAGAUGCAUCUGUUCUUUCUAAUUUUGUUUUAAUCUGUUACUGUACAUAGACAUCUCCAAUUCAAAACUGCUCUCUUCUCUAAAAGAGAACAAAAACCAAGCAAAGAAAUUGACAGUAAUAAUGGAUGACAUUUUCAAGGCUACUCAAAGAAUGCAGAUGCCAGUCUAUUACCUCUUAUAAUUGUUGUAAUUAAAUAAUUAUGUAGUAUGAGUAUUUGCAUAGUAGUUUUAUAAAAGAACAAUCCAGGGCAACUAUUAAGUACUAAAUCCCUAUUGUGCUGACCAAGUACCGAGCAAAAGAAGGUAGCUUCUGCCUCAAGAAAGAGAUACCUAAAAAUUUUAGUUAUAUCAAGAUUAUUUUCAGAUCUACUGUGUAGAAAUUGUUUCCAAAUACCAGAUUCAGAGUGAGAAUUUCCACUAAAUUUCAAUGUCUUUGAAUCAAAUUAGUAAAACCUAUUUCUUUGCUGAAGUGAGCCAAGAUUAAUAAACUGGCUACAGCAAAACAACUCAGAUUUGUACAAACUAGGGAUCAACUUCUGCUCAUUCUUCCCCGAGACCCCAAGGACCUGAACAGAGGGCAUUAAUGGAGUUGCACCAUGUUUCACUGAAAUCUAAAUUCUUCUCUUUACAUAAUGGCACAACACAAACCUGGGCUCAGGUGGAAUUGGGUAGUUCACAGUGGAAGAAUUUUUCUAUUCCUUUGUAUGAAUAAAUUUGUUUCAUAAUUUACAGGUUGGAAUUGAUUUUUCAAUUAUUUUCAAGGACUAACUUUCUUUUCUGUUUUAUUAUCCCUUUGCUUUAAGGUUCCUUUUUCUGUUCCCAAGAGGACUGGGUUAGUGACCUCUGUGGAGUAAGAAUGUGCCCCUGGCUGGGCUAUCAAUUGCUGAAUGAGGUGUUAGCACUUGACCAGAUGUUUGAUUAGUGUUUCCUGAGAUGAAUCUUCUGGAGACAUACUGUCUAAUGAUAAUGAAGCGUAAUUGAUUUUUAUACCUCAUUUCUUGCCCUGCAAGUGCCGUGUUAAACCUUAUCUUCAAAUAUUUGUUUACUGCUAGUGAUUAGUCCUGUAGCUGGUAUAUUUACAUUAUAACCCAUAGCUAAUACAAAUUUUAUACUAGGCUGGAGCCUUCAAUGAGUUUAAUCUCUCUUGGACUUUCUUCCAGUGGUUUUAAAUGAAUGUAACAUCAUUUUAUGGUAUCUUCAUUAAAUAUCAAUAAGUAUUUUUUCUUAUGGAGGAGAAAUAACUUCAAAAGUGAUUUGACAUAUUUUAUUUGGUCAUAAUUGUGUUCAUUUCAUCUAUGUGCAAAGAAAACACUUUGCAUGUUAAUGUUUCCUUUAAAGUUUAGCUGCCAUCUCUCCCCUGUUCUCAGUUUGAGCAAUGGAGGUAAAAGAAAGAGGUUGGGAGUUAGGACCUAUCCCAUAUAUUUUACAUAUAGCAGCAGACAAAGUCUUGAAUAAAUUAUUUCCUGAGAUGCAGCGUUUUUCUUGCUCACAAGGCUGAGACCCUUUGUCACUGCUUUUCCCCUACACAACAGCAACAGGAGGUGUUCACACUGGGUGUGAAAAGAGCCCAAGUAGAGUUGAAUGAGUAGUGUUACAGUGCCCCAGGAAUGGUACAGAAAUAGUGCAGAUCAAGAACAUGGUAAAGACAUAUUUUGUAUACAGGUGCGUAGAGGUAGGAGCAAGUGCAAAUUCUUCUUUAGUAGAAGUUAAUUAUUUUAAUUAUACAACUGUCAUGAAUGCUCAACACAUGUGGAGACAUGGCCAGUCUUGGUGCACUUCCUAUGGCACAAAUGCACAGAACAUAGAUCGUCUGAAAGGAAAAUCAGAAAUACUUGCCUUAGACAAGAGUUAAUAUGCAUUAUUGUACAAUAUUUGGGACAGAGAAAUUUUAAAAUGUAUUAUGCAUCACUAUCAGGUUCUGAGAAUGUAGAAGCUAAACCCUGCUUACCACAUAAAGCAUAAUGAACUUCUCAAAGUGAUUUUUAGAGCACUUAAAAAUUCAACAAAGAAUAAAGCUAUCCUCAGUUAUACUCAUCUCCUGUAGGAAAUGUUGUCAAUAUUGCAAACAAGAAAAUGUCUUCUCAUCUAGGAGUUUAAGCUUAAUAUUGGACUUAAAUAUUGCAGCAAAUCAUUCCAGAGAGCUGUACACUGAACACUGCACUCUAAUUAGAUAGCGUGCUGCACUUACAUUUGUUCUUUAUUCUCAAACUCAUCUUGCUUGUGAUAGCCUGAUGCUAAUGAGAAAUAUGUUUUUAUUAAGUCAUUCAAACCCAGUUUUCUGGAAAAUGUGUUAAGGUAUGUCUUUCAUUAUCAUUUCUACCAUUAAUAUUUUCUCUUAGGGAAUCCCAGAAAAAAAAAAUAAUUCUGAGAUGACUAGAUGCAUACAGUUCUGGUCUGAGUGCUAGACAGUAUUUUGCAGUACUCACAGCAGGCUGGUUCAUUACUUUUGAGUUUCAGUAUGCUAUGUGCUACCUUGGAACCUAUUUACAUUUUCUUGAAUAACAAAGCAGUAUAGCACUGCACAUGUGAAUAAACUGUUCUAUGGGAUGAAAUGUUCACCAAAUUCCAGUGCUAAACCCCCACAACAUCCACUGGAGUUCAUGUGGCCACCCUUAGUUGGUAAAUAUGAGAAUUUUUUAUGAGGACUGCCUGUCAGAAUGAUUUUCACUUCCCCCAGAAAGAAAUUGAGCUACUCUAAAAUAUUCCAUUAGCACUUUUUAAUGGAGAAGUGUUCUGGUUUCAAAAUGCAAAGCUUCAUGAAAUGGUUUCAGUUUUUUAGGUUAAAAAAGAUUGAAAGUAUCUAAAGGCAUUUUUAAUUGCACAAAAUGUGGCAAGUAUGCCCAAAUUUGCCAGAAAAAAAUAUUUUUUUAAAUUCAGUCCCCAAAGAAAAUGUGCUGAAUUAGGCUCGAUACAGAUAUUCAAUGUUUUUGACAUUUCAUUAGGUAUCCAUUCUCUCCCUUAAUGCCAGUUUCCUUUUAAGGGAGAAUGGAAAUACCCAGGGGACAGUUAUUUAAAAUGUCAAGCUGAUUAAAUACCUCAUUUGACAACUGAAAUAAAUUUAUAAAGCUUUAAAUAAGACCCCAGAUAAUGUUUUCUCCAGAAAAAAAUCAAGCUAGCAAGGUGAGUUCAGAAAAAAAUAGUUUAUCUAUAUUAUUCACAAUUUUGAAUGUUUUAAGUUACGUGCUUGGAGCAUUAUAGUAUGAUUUCCAUUUAUAUACUACUAGAAAGUGUGAGUACUGAGAAAUAAUUGAUUUAAAUGGAAUAAUCAAUAACAUAAUGGCAAUUAGGUCUGCUAUUCCAGUUUCUCUGGAAAAAAAGGCUAAUUCUAUCAACCCUAUGGUUAUGUAAAAGCCUAAGCCUAUUCACGAACUUUUGCAGGAAAAAGUAUCUCAUUUUCCAAGCUGUCAUUGUGACUAAUCACAACAAAAGCCUUCUUGAUUAAAGUCUCUGAUUAAGAAAUACAAAGUUCCAACUACAUGUUCAAAUACCAAAUGGAAACAUUUGCAAUGACCCAGUUGCACGCAAAUGUGAAACAUCCCACAGAAUAGCCAUUGUCAUGUAGCAAAAAUGGACAGCUUGGACUCCAGUUGUUCACCUUAAGCUCAUCUAGAAACGCUGAUUUCAUCCGGAGAUCCAGGCCAGUGUAGUACCAGUUCUUCUGUCAAAGAUCACUGGUUAUUUGAGAGGACAUGAGUGUGAAAACUUUUGAAACCUUGAGAUAGUUCCAUUAUAGGAAAAAAAAAUAAUUCCCCUUCCCCACGCUACAUAAGAGUCAGUUUGCAAAGGGCAAAAAGGGGGCUUUGUCAAAGUGUUGCAGACAUGUUGUUUUCCUUUUGGUAAUCAGACAUUAAGGCAAUUUGCUGAAGUCAAUGAGAAGUAAGUGGGGAAUAAGAAUUUUGCAGCCAGGUCAUUUUUUAUUAAUCCUGUUCUACAGCACCACACAUAGAGUCGUGAAGUGAUAACCCAUCUGUUCUCGGAAGUUGUUCAAAAUACAAUGGACUAAAAAUAUUCUGUCUGCUAAGGAGACAGUCAAGGUGAUUUGAAAAGGUUUGGAUGCUUUUACUCUGGGCCACAGUCUGCAGAUAAAUUAAGAGGCAUGAUGGCUUUUUUUCUUUUUUCCUUUCCUCCUUCCCCAGACCUAUUAAUAAUGAACCAAAUUCACAACAACCAAGGAGAAACCUGCCUGCUGGCCAAUAUUCUGUUUGUAAUGCUGUGUCUGCACCUGCCCAUGGUGCUAAAUUCAUUUCAAGUUACACUUAAGUAAUUGAUGAUUACUUGCCAUAUCCCUUUAUAAAGCUUUUUUAUCAAUGUCUUUGGUGGUUCAUUUUGUAUCAGCAGCAAAUCAAUGAAAUUUUAAUGGAACAGAGUGCUCUACUUGAGGCUGAAUUAAUGUUGCUUUACCUGUUUCAAUAUCGAGUGAAGUUUUCAAAGUCUAGAAGGAUAACAAUUUUUCAGAUAUUUUUCUUUGAUAACUUUGUUUCUGCACAAUGAUGGCAUCCUUGUGAUCAGCUGCAAUAAAGGUUAAAUGCAUUAAUGAACUUUUAGUUUAACAUUAGCAGUGUGCUGUGAGAGACCAUGGAAAAAUGCUGUAUUUGAAGCUGAUGGCUGGAUUCUUGUAAAUGCCCCAGAGAUGUAGCAGGGAACAUGUUAACUGCUGGAAUAGUAGCUGGGGAGUCAGGGGGGAUCUGAAAUGGUUUAAAAAUCUCCAAGGUAAUGCAGUAAUCAACCGUGCAUAGUGAAGUACAACGAAGUCAUGAAUUGAGUUCCCUUCUUUAAAACUGCAGGAGGAGCCUGUAUUGUUGUCAGAAUAAUCCACAGCACUGCAGGAAUAAUAUCAUCCACUGCACCCCCUCGUAUCAGCCCGCACAGCACAGACAUCUUGCCUGUGAACUCAGCACAGAGGCAGUACCGGGGCUUCUAGUGGAUUCUGCUAGCCUGUGUCUGUCACAAAUUAAGAAAUUUAAGCAUCUUGAGAAGCUCAAACAACUCUUACACUUAGCAUCAUCUGUAUAGCAAAGCAAUUGAACUAUUUUAUGCCCUUGCAGAAAUGACUCUUUAGUUAAACCUAAAACAAAAAAUCACCUUUGCAAGUGAGAGCAAAAUUGAGAUAAAUAUCAAGGAAACAACACUUGUUGCUUUGCACUGGGUAAAGUUCACUUAAUUGAUCUAAACUCACCUGAACUGAUCUGGAUUCAUGUCCUGGCUUUGCUUUGUGAGCAGUUUUGACAGACUUCCCACUUGUUCCUCUUUGCUCGUUAGUGCUCUGAAGUGGAGGCUCAGAGGCCGAAGGGCUCACUCUUGCAGCUUUCCUGGAGGAAACUUCCAGGAGCAGUUUUCAUCUGCCAAAAGUCUCCUAUUUGCUGAGCCCUACCUGGACCAGGAACCCAAGGCAGGUCUCCUAAGAACUUCUGCCACAGGUUGAUUCCUCUCAGGCUGAACACAGUAGAUAAUUUACAGAUGGAGAAGAUAAAACUGGCAGUAGGAAAUACAUGGGGGAACGCAGAAUUAUCCUGGCUUAAGGAGUCCUCACCUGCUGAAAAGGACUUCAAUGUGCUGCAUGUGGCUGCACGAUAGAAACGAGAAGACAGCAGGAAGGAAGCUUCCGUAUUGCCUCCAAAGACAAAGGAAGGGAGCCCUCUUCUCCAGUAACAUUCACCCGAUGGAGGCCAACUGGUAGGUAAGCUGCAUUUUUUUGUUGUUGUUUGGCUUAGCUUCCCAGAAUUGCCAGGGUAAUGGUGCUGGAAUGUGAAAUCCCACGGCAAUUGCUAAGGAGGUUAGUGUUCACUGACCCAAUUUGUUAACCCAGUCCAAAGUUCAAGUCUGAUCUGGAAAGAAUCUAAAGGAAAAAAUUGUCCCAUGUGUUUGUAUCUCCAUGACUCGCUAAAAGAAAAGCAAACAUUGCUUCAGUAUUGAGAAUAUUUACAAAAAUGUAAAUGUUUUUCAAUGGGUGUUGGAUCAAUCCUUGAAUGCAAAAUAAAGCAAAUUUGCCGCCUUACCUUCACAAUCACAUCUGGAACACACAUUAUCAGGGCAGUUAGCAUUAUGCUUAAUGAAACUGUUGCUAUUCAAUGAAAUAAAGUGUAUCAGUCUCUGAAAUUGUAAAUUUAAAUCUUAUCCCUAACACCUUUCUUCAUAGAACACUACACACAAAUUUCAGAUACAGGAGAGGGAAAACUCUGAAGACUUAGAAAUGUCAAAAUAAGAAAUGUCUAAAAUUGAAUUGCUGUGGUAGAGGGAGUGGUGAACAGCUAUGUUCUGGUUGAUUUGAUGUGCUUCGAUACAGUCUAUCAACUUUCAAAAGCUGGGACUCUUUAAUACAUACUGAAAUAAUGCUCAGUAAUGUAAUAAAGCUUUUGCAUAAUAGGGAGUGCUGUAAAUAGCUACCAAGAAUAUAAUUAUGCCUGUUGUUUGCAAUGAAAGUGUUCUGUUUUGAUUUCUUUUUUUUGAAAGUAACCUCAAUAUCCAUCUUCUCAUUACAGAAGAACAAGCUGGAGAACAUCCAAACAAAAUUAACGUUUUCUUAAAUAGUUUUGAUGAAAUGUUUGUUUAUUUAAUAUGUUGUGGGUAUUUUCCAUGGUAAUUUAGUUUUCAACAAACCAAGGAGUCCAAUAGAUGAAAUGAAACAUAGACACAAGAUUUGUGAAUUUAGUUUAUUAGAAGCAGCAGAUAAAGGAGAAUCUCCUGCCCUCAUUCUGCAUAGCAGAACACCGGGUUGAAGAGCCACUUAAUGAAAUGAAAGAAAGGAAGCUGCUUUUAAUGGGAGAACUGUAAAAUCAUACAAAAAUGUGAGGUUUUAGGGGGCCUUUGGGAGUAAUGUUUGCAUUAAAAUUUAAGGAUGGCUUCUCCUGAACUUGUGUGGAGAUUGCUCAGUUUUUGUUAAUCUUUCAGUGUGGGAUUUUUUGGUUUUCCUUCCAUGUCACCACACCCUCUAGAGGACCAUAGUUGACUAAUUUCUUGGUCCAAACAAUAAAUUUUAGAUCUGUCCUUGUAUUGUUACAAAUUUCUUUCAGAUUGUUAUUUCUGGAGGUCAUCUUUCAGUAAAGUUUUUGACAUACACUUUUUAAUCUUAGAUUACAGCAGAGAUGCUGGAAUUCAUUAUUGUGAAUAUGGACAGAAGCUCUAUUGAAAGAAGGUGAAAAGUAUUUUACAGAAGCCAACUGGUAAUUCUUGCCCAUGUUUCCGUUUUGCAGUAUUAAAGUUCCUAAUAUGUGUAUAAUAAAACUAUUGAGGUGUUGUUGUUGUUGAGGAUUUUUGUUUGUUUGUUUUUAAAACUAUUUGAUGGGGUACCAGAGGAUUUGUUGAAGGUGUCAUUUUAGCCUAUGCAGCUGGAGUUUCUUCUUUAAGUUUGAUAUUUUGCAAUGACUGCUGUUAUUACAUAUCUGAUAAAAUACUCUUGAUAUGAGUUCUGUAACAGCUACAGAUAUGACUGAGAAAGUGUCUGGGGUGUUGGGAGGUAUGUAAGGAUAUUAAAAAAAAAAUAAUAAAAAAAAAAGAGCCCAUUUCUAACCAAAGAAUGCAAGGAAACAAUUUGUCACUAUUGACAGCAGGAAAAUGAAUAAAUAUUGCAAUAGAUAUAUGUCUGCCCAAGAAUUUAUAUUAGCAUCUGAGUGAUGUCCUGUCUCAGGAAGGCCACUAGAACAGCAUUAUUAACUUCCUUGAUGGAGAGCUUUCUUUUCAGGCAGUGAAUUUGUGGUGUGAAAUCAACAUCUUGUUUAUUGCUUUCCUUGUAUUCUUUUACUUCCUACAGGAGUAUGAAUGUUAUUACAUUACAGUAUCUUUUUUUUUUCCUUAAAAAAAAAAAAAAAAAAAAAAAGCCUUAGUUGCAUUUACAGAUCCAAGCUCAAAAAUUCACAUUUUGUCACCACAAUAGAAGUGGUGAAACUGAAAAGUCUCAGGUAUUCCAUGUAGCUUUAUAUGUACAAUGUAUGUUCAUCAUAUUUGGAGCCAAUGUCGAGGCACAGAAAGUUCUGACAGUUCCUGUCAGUCUGUUUAGAUACUCAUUAUCAGAGUCCAUCAUCAAUAGUAAUCAGAAGACUGUAAAAGGAACAAAUAGUUCAUGUUUUCUGGGAUAAUAAAGAGCUAACUCUAGUACAACUCAGCCAAUGAACUGGUCAGUGCUUCUACUUCUUUCUUGUUGCUCAAUUUUCCAGGUCCAGGAUCUUCUGCUUCUUUUCAGAGAUAUAGGUAUCUUCCUCUUCUUGAUUCCUGCCUCCUGCUUGGUUGUGUGGUAUGUUUUUUUGGUUUUUUGUUUGUUUGUUUGUUUGGGGUUUUUAUUUUUCCUCUUUACAGUCUAGUGUUUGCUGGUAAGUUGCAGUCACUUGAGAGCACCUUUAAAGUAUGUUUGAAGCAGUUCUUUGGCAACCGUGCCAGAAUAGUUAUUGUAGAAAAAGCAGAGAAAUAAAACUCAGAUAAACAAUUUAGUUAAACAAGCUAAAACAAUUUCACAGAAUCACAGUAUGUUUGGGAUUGGAAGGGACCUCGAAAGAUCAUCUAGUCCAAUCCCCCUGCCAGAGCAGGAACACCCAGAUGAGGUUACACACGAAGGCGUCCAGGCAGGUCUUGAAUGCCUCCAGAGAAGGAGACUCCACACCCUCCCUGGGCAGCCUGUUCCAGUGCUCUGUCACCCUCACUGAGAAGAAGUUUCUUCUCAAAUUUAAGUGGAACAUUUUGUGUUCCAGUUUGUACCCAUUACCCCUUGUCCUAUCACUGGU